UUUAGCAACAACAAAAAUUACUGAAUAGUCAAUUGCCGUGCUUCGCUAAGUUCCAAAAAAUCAAUUAUUUUAAAUCGAAUUAGGAAAAUUUUCUGUUAAUUCUAGUAUGGAUGGCUUUCACAAAAUUGAGAAAAUUGGCGAAGGGACGUAUGGUGUUGUUUAUAAAGCUCUCGAUAAAGUUACUGGUCGAACGGUGGCUUUGAAGAAGAUAAGACUAGAUACUGAAACAGAAGGUGUUCCAAGCACUGCCAUUCGAGAAAUCUCUCUUCUGAAAGAACUAGAUCAUAAUAACAUUGUUAGAUUGAUGGAUGUAAUACAUAGCGAGAAAAAGCUUUAUCUUGUGUUUGAAUAUUUAAAUCAAGACUUGAAGAAAUAUAUGGAUUCGCAACCAAAUGGAUUGCCGAUGUCAUUAGCUAAGAGCUACUUAUAUCAAUUACUCCAAGGAAUAGCAUAUUGUCAUUCGCAUCGCGUGUUACAUCGGGACCUAAAACCUCAAAACUUAUUGCUUGAUGAACACGGGUGCAUUAAGCUUGCUGACUUUGGCUUGGCAAGAGCUAUUGGUGUUCCUGUGAGAAUGUACACGCAUGAAGUAAGUUUGUAAAUCAAUGAUAAUUAUUAAUAGUU